AUGAGUGGGACUGAGUUCGAUUGGAGAGAUGACGAGUCGCGUGAAAUAGAAUCGGAUGUGACUGACUGGCGUGUUGAUACGACACCUGCAGAAGGACAGUUGAUGCAGAGUGGUGAUCUGGAAAGUGAUGCUGGCUACCCAGAUAUUGACUCAGACAGUGUGUUGCGAGACGAGGAACUGGAUGAAGAAGCGCAGGAGCAGGAAGGUCUCGACACGCGACGAGAUGGGAAGACAAGUCGGAGUGAAGCUUCAACAGACAUGGAAUAUGGUGGAGAGAUUUCCGAUGUGGGAGAGUGGAGUGAGGAUGAAGUGGCAGGUGGACAGGUCGCACCUGCAGGAUGGAAACAGACUCAGGAACCUGGUGAACCCGACUCGAGUGAUGUGUCCCCACAGGUGCACCGGUGGAAAAAGCGACGACAUCCUGAUGCAGGAGGGGAAGUUCCUCACCCAUGGCGAAAGCAGGAAGAUUCCGAAGAAGAUAGUGACGAAUCUGGUGAAGUUCUGGGUGACAGACGACGACGCCUCACAGAGUGGGAUGUCACUGAUUCUGAAGAAGUCGGCCCUCGAGCAGGUGUUCACGGGCGCGGAAUUGGUGCAACACGAGAAGCAGAUAUUGUGAAGACUGAUUCCAAACUUGACACAUACCGGGAGAGAAUGAAAGGGAAGGAGGGAAGAGGUGAGGGUGUUGUUGGUGCAGGUGAAGCUGGAGACCGGACUGAUGAGCGGAACGUCAACAUGCCAGAUUCUGAGGAUGUUCCGGAUGUCCCGGAGUCAUUACAGUCAUAUGAUGACUCACAACACGAACCCAGGAAACGUGCCUAUCAGGAACCCGUCGAAACUGGUGUCAAGAGAAAACCAUCAACAGCCGGUUGUAGACACCAAUGUGGAUCAGAGACAUCAUACAAAUCUCAGGAUACUGAGGAACGCGAUGGUUGGAAAAAUAAUGUGAAACGCCUGUCGGAGUCGGAACAAAUUCAUGUUGAAAAAUCUGCCUCUCCACUACGCCUUUGA